AUGAACUCUCUCUGGUGGUAUUUUUACCUGAUCACGCUCAGCCUGCUGGCAUGGCUGGUGGACAGCCGGCGGGAGGCCAAGUUUAACUGCACGCUCACGGCGAAUUACUACGACUGCCUGUUCCGGGACGUGGUCGUCCGCAGCGAGUCCGACGCGGACAGCAUCUUCUUCGGCGUGCAGAACUUCAACGACACCAGCAUUGCGUUCCGCGACUCCUCGAUGGUGGUGCUGCCGAAGAAGAUCUUCGAGACAUUCCCCGCCAUCCAGUACCUAUCGAGCGAUGGGUGCCACAUCCAACGGCUGCUCGGGGGCACUUUUGCCAACGCACAACGACUGCAGGAGCUGCACCUGUACGACAACCGUAUCAGCCGGCUGAACAACUUCGUGUUCAACGGUGCGCUCCAGCUCGAAAUACUCUCGCUGUACAACAACACGAUCAAGCAGCUGGAGGAGCACGCGUUCGAUGGACUCGGCCAUCUGCGGCUGCUGUACAUGGACGAGAACCAGAUCGAGAAGCUACCGGAGGGUCUGUUCUCCGGGCUCGAAGAACUACAGAUUCUCGAGCUGCAGCAUAACCGCAUCAAGGAAAUCCACGAGGAUCAGUUUGUGCUGUGUCCGAUGCUGCGCGAGCUCAACCUGAGCGCCAACAUGAUCAGCACGUUCAACAUGACCCAGCUUCAGGCGCUCAACAAGCUCGAAACGCUCGACAUCGCGCGCAACUACCUGGACGAGGUGUUCGUCACCAAGUACCUGCGCACGCUGAACGCCCAGGAGAACCAGAUCAGCCGCAUCCUGAUGGACCAGGGUGACUUCUUCCAGCUGACGCACCUCAACCUUUCGCGCAACAAUGUCGCCAACAUCAACAACAUCUUCAAGUUUCGCAACCUGAUCGAGCUGGACGUGUCCUACAACGAACUGGUAACGCUCGACUUUGUCAUCUUCGCGUUCAUGAAGAACCUGAAGGACAUCAAGCUGAACAACAACCGGCUGUGGAUAAUCGACAACGGUAUCCCGUCGCCGGCCAAAUCGCUGCGAAGUGUCAACCUCGCACACAACAAGUUCGUCUUCCUCGACCUAGCCGUGCUGGACACGUUUCCGGCGCUCGAGUACAUCUACCUGCACGGCAACGAGCUGAUCGAUCUGCAGAUCGAGGAGAUCGAACAGAACUUCCCCUACCUGACGCUCGUCUCGUGCGACAACAACGACUGGGACUGCAUCAAUCUGAUGCACGUGGUGACGCUGCUCGAGCGGGCCUACGUCAAGUGGUCGAACGGGACGCGCAACUGUACACGCCCCGAGCAGCACCGGCUCAUCUGCUGCACCUCGGCCGAGCACCAUCUGCGCGAGAAGAUCGUCCGGUUGACGCGCGAAAUCUACCGCUCGCGCAAGAUGAUGAAGCAGCUGAUCAUGGAGAACGCCGAGCUGCGCAGCGAGCUCGAGAUGCAGUACCUGCCGGACGCAACGGAACAGCACCUCGUCGCGAGUGUGAAGAUGAGUGCGAAAGGCAGGGUGGGCCACGGUCACCGGUGCUGGGAGGUUUGCGGGUUGGUGCUGAUCGCGUCGGUGGCCUGGCUAGCGCUGGAGGUGGCGUGUGAGAUCGUGAUCUGCAACUACGAGCGGUUCAACCUAUACGACAGCAUGUACCAGCCGCGUACGGCCAACUUCUGUGUGUUCAAUGACGUGUACCUUGGCGGAGACAUCAGGGUGGCCGACUUCCUGGCGAGCAGCCUCGACUACCAGCGGGUCGCGUUCGCCAACUCCAAGUUCCCCCAGGUGCCACCGUCGCUGUACAAAAACUUCGACGAAAUACGGGAGCUGUACGUACGGCGAUGCUCGCUGGAGUCGCUUCGGAUCACGCGCUUGCUGGAGAAGGUGUACGCCGGAGGGAACCGGAUCGCGUCCGUCCAGCUGGAUGGUAAUGCCUCCAACAGUUUGCGCGAGCUCUACCUCGACGGUAACCGAAUGCGUGGGCUAGCAAACCUAACCAAUCUACCCGGACUCGAGGUACUCGUGCUGGAGAACAAUCCGCUCCUUGGUAACGUGGACUUUGCGCAGUUCGAGCGAAUGGAGCGGCUGUGGAAGUUGGAUCUGGAGCGCAUCGGAAUGACGCGUAUUGCCAACGGGCUCCAGCGGCCACUCACCGAGCUACGAAGGCUCGAUCUCUCCAACAAUGCGCUCACCUACGUCCACGUUCGCAUGUUUCGCACUUUCCCGAAACUGGAGCACCUUUGGCUACACGGCAACCGGUUGUACUUCCUCGAGGCGGACCAGGUUCAGACGCUACUUCCCGUGCUCCGUAGCAUAGUCAUCGAUGACAACGCUUGGGGUUGUGGACAUCUGACAACUCUUGGGCAAACCCUCCGAGAUCGAGGCAUCGUCAUCCGGCACGGGGAAUGUCCUGCGUCGGCACGAGCCGUCCAUCGGGUGUGCUGCUCGGAUGUGACGGACGUCGUCGACUUCCGGUACCUGAUCGAGAUGGGCAUACGCAAGGAGGCACGCUUCGAGCAGGACGUGCGUGAGCUACGCUCCGAGAACGAGCUUCUUCGGCGGAACUUGCAGCAGGUUCAGGACCGGCUGGAACAGCUGGCGGCCAACUUUACCCAACGGGACGCACCAGUGGCAGAUGAUCGCGAGGAUGCGGCAUCCAGCGAACUGCCAUCAUCGAGUACCUCCAUCGAAGAGUACGAAGACGAGGAACAUACGAGCUAG